CUCACACGGUACUGCGGUGGGGACAUUGGUGGAGCCCACACCUACACUUGAACACAUCUGAGCAGCACCUGGGCAGGUAAGAGGUGAAGCAGCCAGUGUCAGGACAGGGUUCCUGUGGAAACCUCCAUUCUAUACCUGCCCCACCCCUCUCCUAUCCUUUGGCUUCAAGGCUGCCCCUUGCUGGACUCACGGCACCUCAGGAAACUGAAAGGACCCCACAGGUACCAAUCUCUGUGGGGACUCCAAAGGCCCCAUAAGUUCUGCAGGGAACCAGUCUCUGGAAAACAGGGCCACCAGGGAGGACACAUUUAUGGGGGUUGCAACCCCAUUCUGUCUCACCGUGACUGAGGGAAGUUGCUGUCCUCAUUUUACCCAUCUGUUCAAUGGGCUUUGAACCGAGUGGGGGCCACCCCACCCAGGACCAGGACAUUGAGGUUCUUGUCUCCAAAGUGCCUCCACCACACUGGGUGAUACAGUCUCUGCCUUUUGGGGCUUCAGUUUCCCCAUGUGAGCAAUAGGGUGAUAAAUAUGGUAGGCUCAGGUUCAAAUCCCAACCCCACCACUAACACUGUCUGCCCUUAGGACUUGAAGCUUGCUGUGCCUCAGUUUCCAUGUCUGCAAAACAGAUAAAAAGACUUGCAGUGGUGUGGGGAGGAGACAGCAAGGCUGUAUGCCCCAAGUUUUGACAGAACCGUUAUAUGCUCAAGCUGUCAUUCUGGGCUGGGCCCUUUAUCUGGACCUGUCUCAAACCCUCCAUCCCAGGCAGCCCUGCCACAUGUGGGGCUUAGGCCCAUUCAAUGGAAGAAGCGACUGAGAUCAAGAGGAAACCCACAGCCCCCAAGGGAGCUGAGAGGUCCACCCCAGGAACCUGUGGUGGCCUGAGACACCCAGAACAUGGACCGAGUGACCAGAUACCCCAUCUUCAGCAUCCCCCACUCACCGGGCAUGACCAGCCUGGCUCUCAAUGGGGACACCAGUUACACAUACCAGCUGGUGGAUGUGGGGCCCUCGGACAGCGGCUGGGGCCAGGACCAACCUAUGAGGUGGGCAGAUGACCGCAAGGCCCGGCUGGAUGUGUUGAGGACAGGCACAUCUUGCAGCUUGCGCACCUUCGCCAGCCAGCCGUCCCUUCAGCUCGAGGACGAUGACAAUGAGGAGGUGAAGGCCCACCGCCUAGACCCCAGUGAUGCCCCGCUCAGGUGGUCACGGGACCUGGAGCGGGAGCGCUGGGCGGUCAUCCAGGGCCAGGCAGUGAGAAAGAGCGGCACAGUGGCCACGCUUCAUAGCACCCCUGACAACAGGAACCCCAGGUCCCCAGGACCUCAGUUCAUGCCCCUGGAGGAAAAUGUGGUCGACAGGGAGCAGAUCAACUUCUUGGCAGCGAGGCAGCAGUUCCUGAGCCUGGAGCAGGCAAAUGCAGGGGCCCCUCAAAACCCCCCAGCCAGGGCGGCCCUGGCGUGUGCCCCGCCCAGGAUCAGCCAGGCCCCCAAGGCCUUGAACAAGCCGCCCCUCGCCAAUGGGUAUGCCGUCUCAGCCAGGCCCCAGGCGAAGGAGGGGGUCAUGGGAGGGAGGAGGGUCCAUGGUUUGUCCACUGGGUCCAGUGUCCAAGCUAUGGACGGCCCUGGUUCCCAGUCCCAAGAGGAGCCACUGGAGGUCCCCAAGGAGACACCCAUUGAGCGGGAGAUCCGACUGGCCCAGGAGCGCGAGGCAGCUCUCCGCGAGCAGAGGGGCCUGCGGCGGGCGGCGGGCCACCAGGAGUUGGUAGAGAUACCCUCCCGGCCUCUGCUGAGCAAGGUGAGCCUGGUCGAGGCUCCAAGGCGGGACAGGGGGCGCCCAUCACUCUAUGUGCUGCGAGACAUAGCGCAGGAGACGCAGCGCGAGGAAGACCAUCGGCGGGCGGGCCUGCAGGCGGGCUGGGUGUCCAUGCCCAGCUGGUACUCCGAGGGCCCCCAGCCUGGGCUUAGGAGAGCACUUAGUUCAGACUCCAUCCUUGGCCUGGCCCCAGACACUAGUGCGGCCGACCCCACUCCAGAGCUGAGGAAGGUGAACCGCAUCCCACCUGAUGCCUACCAGCCAUACCUGAGCCCUGGGGUUCCCCAGCAAAAGUUCCCAGCUUUCCACACAUAUGGCAAGCCUAGUGGUCUUUCUGCAGAUGAGGCCAAGGUGGUGGCCUCGCCAAAGGCCACAGGGUCCCAGAGGCAUCUCUCAGAAUCCUCUGGAAAACCCUCAAGCACAAAGCAGGAGUUCUGGAAGCCCCCCAGGGGAUCCCCACAAGCCAACAGGGGUGUUGUGCGCUGGGAGUACUUCCGCCUGCGUCCUCUGAGGUUCAGGGUCCCAGAUGUGCCCCAGAAGCCUGAGAUCCCCCGAAUCUGGGGCUGGGAAGUGGCUGGGGCCCCAGCAUUGAGGCUACAAAGAUCCCAAUCCUCUGAGCUGCUGGAGAGAGAGAUGGAGAGUGUGCUGAGGCGGGAGCAAGAGGUGGCUGAGGAACGACGCAAUGCUCUCUUCCCGGAGGUGUUCUCCCCCCAGCUGGACUGUGACGAAGACUCCAGGAGCUCCUCCCAGGCAUCGGGCAUCAUGGGCAGCUACUCGGUGUCCGAGUCACACUUCUUCAGCCCCAUCCACCUGCACUCAGGCCUGGUGUGGACAGCGGAGGCCCCUGCUGAGGUGACUCCUGGGCAGAGAAAGAAGAAGGAGCAGGGGUACGCCGGCAUCAACCCCUGGGACCACGUCAACUCAGAGGUCCUGGAAGCCACACGGGUGACCCGCCACAAGAAUGCCAAGGCUGAACGCUGGGAAGCCGGUGUCUAUGCCAGUGAGGAUGAAGACUGAGCCUGGAGACAGGGGUACCUUGACCCUGUGGGAACUGCCAAGACCAUCACUGAGCCCUCCACUUUAGGAAACAGGUUCCCAUUUAAAUCCACAAUCCAAGAACCACAAAUGACAUGCUGACAAUGCAGAGGGCUGGUGUGCCUCCAGACUCCAGGGCUUUCUUUGCUGAUUUUAUUUUUCUAGAGAAAUUUUUCUGCUUUUUCUGAGUCUAAAGUUGGGGAUAAGAUGGGACCUCUGCCAAUUCUUUCUUCUUCUAGGACUUUGCCAAAUGCUCUUAGGUCCA